GCUAAAUGCUAUCGUUAGCUUAGCGUUUCACAUCGUUCGUAACAGCAUGUGCUUGUGUUAACCUAGUCCACGUUUUUUUUCUAUACGGUUUCGUAUGUACUGAAAUGUAAUGGUCGGACACAAAGGUUGAAAUCUUGUAUGACUAAAGAGCUGAAGCUGAGGUUAUCGCCAGUUCUUCUUCUCCACCUCUGAUCUCCAGACUCUUAAAAUACAGAACUGACAACAAGUUAGAAACGUUAUUAAACCUGUCAAUUGUCUGCAGACAGAAGGGUCCGUGUGAAGAUGCAGUGGAAGUGCAAAUACUGAUUCUUUGAGAGCUUUGGAGUGGACAAGUUCUGCAGGUUCUGCAUGGCAACGAGGAGUGAGAUCCAAGACAAGGAGAUGGCAGCACACCAGAAGAUGACCUUGAGAGUAAUUUUCACAGAGACAGAUAUAAGAAAGGUUGUUCUGAAUACAAGACCUACUACAGUGGAGGAUUUGAUAGGCAAGCUUAAAGAAUCACUGGGACUUAAUUUCAACUUCAGUCUCCAGUACCAAGAUCCUGAAUUCAAUUAUGAAGUGUGCAAUCUGACAGAUAUCGAAGAUCUUCCUGAAAAACCAACAGUCAAGGUCAUCCCUCUACUUGAGUUGGUAUCUGUCUCAACAUCUGAAGAAAUUUUGAGUGGCACACCCAGUGUAGCAGAUACAGAGAUCCUCUCUACAUCCUCGCAGGAGCGACAGAAACAGUGGCCAGAUUGUUUUGAUAUCCCAGAUUUUUCUGUUGAUGUAGCAUAUAGACUUAGGCAAGCAGAUCUUCAGUUUCUUCGUGAUGGUACGCACCUGAAAGUAACAAAAGAGCUGAAACAUGAGAUUCUUGAAAGAUUGGCAGAGAGCAUGUAUAGUUACACAGCAUACCCAAAUAAUGCUCAGUUCGAAAGUGUUGCACAAGCCCUCAUAAGCAAGCACCCCUCUCUCCAGGAGCGAGGCUCAACCAGUCGCUGUAGCGGCUGGAAAAAUAGUCUAAAAUUUAAAAUGGCUAAUUACAGAACAAAGCGCAGAAGAUCAGGGUGCCUUGAUGUAGCAGUAAAUGCAGGGAAACGAGGAGGGCAUUCAACUGAAGGAGAACCAGCCAACAAGAACAUCAAGAAGGCAAAGAAAGGCGAGAUCAACUUCUUACCCAACUUUCCAGACGGAUUUAAUCAGGUAGCCCUUGAGGGUGCCCGCAAAGACUUGGUUAAUGAAAUGCAGAAGAGAACACCAAAUGGACAGCUUGUAAAAGAGAAGAUGGAUCUGACGUUUGCAUUGAGAAGAAAAGAGGUGGUGGAGUCAGAACCUGCCGUAUGUGAGAUGGUGGAACGUUGGCCUGCUCUUUUCACAGAAGAUCAGGUAUGCAUGGAGUUCAACAGGAUUGUUGGCAAGAAUCUCAAACAGGAAUUCUAUGAGAGCAUUGAUCGGCACAGUCCUCGUCUUAUCGAGAUUUUUCGAUCCAAGAGAGGGAACAUUGGCCAAAUGUUGACACAGCUUUCCCAACAAACAAAGACUGCAGAGCCAACUGAUAUUCGAACACUGGUGCUCAGAGGACUUCCUGUUAUCCUUGGUGACAACCCCACAGACUUCUACAAACCAGCCUUUGACUCAGAUGAUGAUGACUCUUUCCGCAACAUUGACAUUGGGAUCCUCCUUGUUGAACCUGAAGGUGCUGUGCCCUCAUCCUCCCUGCAUCUCAGUCCAGCCUCACUAAAAAUUGUCAUUGAGGGAGAAGUGGUGAUGGACAACAUUCAAGACCUGCCAAAAGCUAUGUGUCUUCUCUUUGGACUUGCAUAUGCAAUGCAUCUCAGUUACCCCAUUUCUAUGAAGUUCACGUUCCAGUUCAUCCAACAGGUAUUUCUUGAGCUGGGCCACGUUGAACUAAAACCAAAGUUACAAACAUUGAAAAACCAGCUUGCGAUGUAACGAAAUGUCUUGUGUGUUGUCAGUGAACAGUCAGGGGGUUGAAAAUAUACUCAAUGCAGAUGGAGUUGAUAAAGUUGCUCUUAUCUAAUGCAGUUCAGUGCAGCAGUACUGCCACAACUUUUAUUUCUUAAGAAAGUUUGUAAUGUUCAGCUUACAGUGUUAUAAGAGACAUCAGUGUCCAGCCACUUGUACUCUAAAAAACAGGAUUUAGAAGUGUAUGCUCAGGGCUCCAUAGUAAUAUUUAGUUGAUACAGUUAAAGGAAAAUUCAGCACUUUUCAUGUAAACGUCCAGUUUGUGUUGAUGGUAAAUGUAGUCAUUUGAAGCAGUAAAUUCAAAAUAAUGUAAUUCUUCCUCAACAGCAACAUUACUGCUUAUUUU